AUGCUGGGGGCCAUGUUUAGAGCCGGUACCCCCAUGACGCCCAACCUCAAUCCCCAGGGAGGCGGCCACUACUUUAUCGACCGAGAUGGCAAGGCCUUCCGGCACAUCCUCAAUUUCCUACGGCUGGGCCGCCUGGACCUGCCCUGUGGAUACGGGGAGACAGCGCUUCUCAGGGCAGAGGCUGACUUUUACCAGAUCCGGCCCCUCCUGGAUGCCCUGCGGGAACUGGAGGCCUCUCAGGGGACCCCGGCACCCACAGCCGCCCUGCUCCACGCAGAUGUAGAUAGCAGCCCCCGCCUGGUGCACUUCUCUGCUCGUCGGGGCCCACACCACUAUGAGCUGAGCUCUGUCCAGGUGGACACCUUCCGGGCCAACCUCUUCUGCACCGACCCUGAGUGUCUGGGUGCCAUGCGUGCCCGAUUUGGUGUGGCCAAUGAGGACAGGGCGGAGGGAGGCCCACACUUUCAUCUGGAAUGGGCCCCUUGCCCUGCAGAGCUCCCCGAAGUGGAGUACAGGAGACUGGGGCUGCAGCCGCUGUGGACUGGAGGGCCAGGAGAGCGACGGGAGGUGGUGGGCACUCCGGGCUUCCUGGAGGAGGUGCUGCGGGUGGCCCUGGAGCAUGGCUUCCGUCUCGACUCCGUCUUCCCUGACCCCGAAGACCUGCUCAACUCCCGAUCUCUGCGCUUUGUCCGGCACUAGGAACUAAGAACUAGGAAUGCUGCCCUCAGUUUGACUGUGUGGGCAAGGGGCGGGGGUAGAAAGAAUGGGUCAGUAAAGAGGGUGAAGUCUCUCCUGAGCCUCUUCCUAGCUCUGCUCCUGGAGCUGUGAGAGUCAGGGGCCCCGUUGCACCUGACUGGAGCCCAGAUGUGGGCAGGAAUCCCCAAACCGGAGAGAGCCCAAGGGCUCAAGAGACCAGAGGGUCUGGACUGGUGCUAAUCCUGGGAGGGGUGGGGAAGCUUCCCUGGCUGGUCCUCGCCUGAGCCCGGGGACCUUCGGUGUUUCCUUGCUUGGAGCUUAGUAUCCAGGGUCUGGAAAAGUGGGGAUGCUUCUCUGCCCAGGCUAGGCUUAGCAGAACCGUGGAGGGACAGUGAGGUCUGGGGGAAAUGAGAGACUUUGGAUUGCUCUAAUGUGGUCUUCUGGACCGUGACUUCUCCUGGAGCUGGUGGCCUGGCCUGGCCUGACCAAUGAGAGGUCGGGACACUCUGAAGCACGGAAAGGGAGAUUCUUUGCUGUGUUCCGAGCCACCACUGAGGGAGACAGAAGGGCUACACCCCACCCUAGCUUGGCACAAGGGAGCUAGGAGAAUCCCCAUUAACUAUGGGGCUGGAGCAUCCCUCUGGAGAUCCAAGUGUUUUAAAGGAUCCCAUAUUGAUGGUGGGGCUGGCCAUGGGGAGGAGCGGGGCAUCUCCUUGGGUCCUGGCUUUCCUUCCUUCACGUGUACGUGCCUGUUAGCCAGUGAGUCUGACUGAUGCACGGGUCCCUGGCAUCCUGGCUCCCAUCCAUGUCGCUGGAGGUGGUGUCUGUGUGCUGGCCUUUCUGUGGUCUCUGCGUGUCCGGGCCUGUUUGGGGUUGCCCAGAAACUGUUUUGGCACCAGGUGUGUCCGCGGUAUGGGUGUGAGUAGUAGGUUAAUCCCAAGGGGUGUGUGUGUGUGUGUACAUGUGCUUCACAUCACCACGUAGGCAGGAGGGGCCUGCUGGGUUUUGAGUCACUAGGAUCUUCUGGUGAGAAGUAAGAGAAGUCACUGGGCUUAGCUGGGCCUUGGAGGCCUGUAUAGAACUCUCGGUUACUAAGGCAACAAUGAGCCUGUUGCUAGGAGAUAGCUGGGGAAGGCCCAAGGCUGCCCAGGGCAGAGAGGAGAUGAACAGAAGAGUUUGAGAGAGUGGGGGAGGAUAUGGAAAGGGAUGGGAUACUCACAAACAACUUCUGCACUGGGGGAGUCACUUAUUAUUUAUCACUGGUCAUGAUUUACAAGAAGAAAAAUAAAGUUGCUUUUGGAACCAC